AAUUUGGUCUAAAGUCUGGUGGGAAACAGUUCAUUUAAAAUUAGAAGCUGAAUCAAAACAUUUCAUCAUACCUUAUCAUUUAUACAUAUGCAUGGAAUUUAAGCUUAACAAUCAAAACUUCAUUAUUACAGUUUUGCCAGAUAGCCAAAAUAAAUUCAAAUCUGGAUUUCAAUGUGCCUGUAAUACAAUUAAGUCCGAUGUUGAAUCUCAUCCAUCGGCAGCAAUUAAAGCAUGUUAUCAAAAAAUUUUUGAAACUAGAACAGAAUAUUCCGGUUUAAUUGCUAUGGGUUUCAACAAUGAGAAUAUUAUUCAACAGUUGAUCGCUAAUAUAGAAUUUUUUCCAAUAUUUCUUCAAAUCGAAAAACUUAAUGUAGUAAUAACAAGUAUUGGUGACCUAGACGAAAAUAAAUUUCAUGGAGUUGGUACUGGUUUCGUUUCUUUAUUUACUAUGCGUUACCGUGGCGAACAAUAUCUAUUUCUUUUAAGAAUUAAGGAAAAUCAAUGUAGGUUAGAGAUUUAUCUAGAAUCAAUAUGUGUAAAUCGUAUUAUAGAACAAACCCCAGAUGAUGUUUGGAAACAAGUAGAAAUUUAUAAAAAAUAUACCAGAACGUAUCUUUUUGGAAUUACAAACGAAUUAGUUCUGGAGCGUAUAGAGAUGCUAAAAAGAGAAUCGCCAACAUGUACACCAAAUGAGUGGAUGAAUGUUCAUCAACUUGAAAAAAUAUUUAAACAUUAUAUAAAAUCACAAAAAAUCACUAAUCCAAAGCCUAGCUAG